UUCACGUUUACCCUUGACAUCUCGUGUUCCAGAUGACACAACAUCCUACUGGAUUUCCCAAGCGCAUUAAUGGAUUUAUAUAAAGUAUAAUAUACCAAUAUGUACUGAACAAUGGGUCCCGUUAGCAAGUUACUUUUCUGCUUCUUGUUUGUUAUGCCAAACAUAAAAGCCUUCACCGUGGAUAUAGUCAACAUAACCACAUGUAAAAACUCCGACGACGAAUUGGGCACCUUGGAUACUGAUAUAGAAUCUGAGGAAGCUCCAGAUCAGUUGUUCAAUGCUGACUUCAAUUUACCAAUGGAUCUUGACAAAGACACAAUGGUGGAGUACGAAUCCAAUGCGUGGAGUAAAGGAAAAUGGAAGUUUCUAUUUAAAGGUAAACGAUCUCUUUGCAACUCUAUAAUGACAACAACUGCUUAUGCAAGGUUUGCUAAUCAGGUUAAACCUAAAUUUCCUAAGAAGUGUAGCAUUCCUGAAGGUGACUAUAAGAUUACUAGGUUUCCCAUUAGUGGUCAGUAUGUGGUUUUGAGCGACAUCAAGAAAGCACCCGCCCUUGUCAAACAUAAGGUCACAUUAUGGGUGGACGACACCAUAAUAUUGUGCAGAAUAGUUUACACCAACAGUAAUAAUUAAAUUAAAAAAAUAUUAAUAGACUUUGAAUUAUUUUAUAUACUAUAGUUAGGUAUCAAUAAAUUGAGACUUAGUUAUUAUUUUAUGGAUAAAUAGUUAUGGAAUAAAUUGAUAAUAAAUCUUUAUUU